AUGUGGUCCCGUCUGAACGAGUGGCUGUGGCAGGACCGCUUCUGGCUCCCCCCCAACCACACAUGGGCUGACCUGGAGGACCGGGAUGGCCUGGUCUACGCCCACCCCCAGGACCUGCUGGCAGCCCUGCCCCUGGCGCUGGCCCUGGUCGCCAUGCGCUUCACCUUCGAGAGACUCGUCGGCCUGCCCCUGAGCCGGUGGCUGGGAGUGCAGAACCAGGCCAGGAGGCCGGCGGCGCCCAACGCCACGCUGGAGAAGCACUUCCUGCUGGAAGGAUGGAAGCCGGACAAGCCUCGGAUAGCUGUCCUGGCCACGCAGUGUGGCCUCACGCUGCGGCAGACCCAGCGCUGGUUCCGAAGGCGCCGGAACCAGGACCGGCCUUGCCUGACCAAGAAGUUCUGUGAAGCCAGCUGGCGGUUUCUCUUCUAUCUGUGCUCCUUCAUCGGCGGCCUCUCCGUCCUCUACCACGAGUCAUGGCUGUGGAGGCCAGCAAUGUGCUGGGAAAACUACCCAAACCAGCCCCUGAAGCCGGCCCUGUACUGCUGGUACCUCCUCGAGCUGAGUUUCUACAUCUCGCUGCUGAUCACGCUGCCCUUCGACAUCCGGCGCAAGGAUUUCAAGGAGCAGGUGGCGCACCACCUCGUGACCAUCAUCCUCAUCACCUUCUCCUACAGCGCCAACCUGCUGCGCAUCGGCUCGCUUGUGCUGCUGCUGCAUGACGCCGCAGACUACCUGCUGGAGGCCUGUAAGAUGUUCAACUACACACACCGGCGGCGUGUGUGCAACACCCUCUUCCUCCUCUUCUCCGUGGUCUUCUUCUACACCCGCCUCGUGCUCUUCCCCACGCAGAUCCUCUAUACCACGUACUACGAGUCCAUCGCCAGCUCGGGCCCCUUCUUCGGCUACUACUUCUUCAACGCGCUGCUGGCAAUACUGCAGCUGCUGCACGUGUUCUGGUCUUGCCUCAUCCUCCGUAUGAUCCGCAGCUUCGUAAAGAAAGGCCAGAUGGAGAAGGAUAUCCGCAGCGACGUGGAGGAGUCGGCCUCCAGCGAAGGGGAGGAGCACCCGCAGCUCAAGAACGGAGCAGCUCAGGGCCCCCAGGCAGCCCCCACGGACGGCCCUCGGAGCCGGGCGGCCGGGCGGCUGGCCAACGGGCACACGGUGGCCUCGUAG